GGGUGUGCAGGGGCGUGCGGGGCGGGGGUCGAGCGACGAGUCAUCGAGCCGCGGGGCCUGGCUGCGGAAGCCGAGGGGCGGCCUGGCGCCGGCCUGCUGUCUGGCGCUGCGUUCGGCUCCUGCCCGCGAGGCGCGGCGGCGGCGGCGCGGAGGGAGCCUCGGACCCGCGUCUGGUGAGAGCCGCGCGUCCGCCGGGCCCCGGGGAGAGCAUCCUCCGGGCCCCGCGCCUCCUCCGCCGGCGCCGCCCCGAGGCCUCAGCUCCGCGCCGCGGCUUCGCCGGGCGCCCGGCCUCGUCUCCCGCGGGCCUCCGCGCCAGGGACCUUCUCGAGUCCCCUCGCGGCGCCGCCUCGGGCUCGUGGGCAGACAGGUUCAGGGCGGCUCCCGGGCGGGUACCCUGGGAGUUGGCGCGGGGGCGUGGGAGGGAGGCCGGGCCUGACCCCGUCCCCACGGGCGGUCCGGGAAGGAAACGCGCCGUCCUGGAAGCUGGGGAGUGUCCCGUCCCGCAGGAACUCUAUUUUAAGAAUCUCUCAAGACGAGAAAAACAAGUCAUGGAGAAGAAUGGAAAUAACCGAAAGCUUCGGGUUUGCGUUGCUACUUGCAACCGUGCCGAUUAUUCUAAACUUGCCCCGAUCAUGUUUGGCAUUAAAACAGAACCUGAGUUCUUUGAACUUGAUGUGGUGGUACUUGGCUCUCACCUGAUAGAUGACUAUGGAAACACAUAUCGCAUGAUUGAACAAGAUGACUUUGACAUUAACACCAGGCUACACACGAUCGUUAGAGGGGAAGAUGAGGCAGCUAUGGUGGAGUCAGUAGGCCUGGCCCUAGUGAAGCUACCAGAUGUCCUUAAUCGCCUGAAGCCUGAUAUCAUGAUUGUUCAUGGAGACAGGUUUGAUGCCCUGGCUCUGGCUACGUCUGCUGCCUUGAUGAACAUCCGAAUCCUUCACAUUGAAGGUGGGGAAGUCAGUGGAACCAUUGAUGACUCUAUCAGACAUGCUAUAACAAAACUGGCUCAUUAUCAUGUGUGCUGCACCCGAAGUGCUGAGCAACACCUCAUAUCCAUGUGUGAGGACCAUGAUCGCAUCCUUUUGGCAGGCUGCCCUUCCUAUGAUAAACUUCUCUCUGCCAAGAACAAAGACUACAUGAGUAUCAUUCGGAUGUGGCUAGGUGAUGAUGUAAAAUCUAAAGAUUACAUUGUUGCACUACAGCACCCUGUGACUACUGACAUUAAGCAUUCCAUAAAAAUGUUUGAAUUAACAUUGGAUGCACUUAUCUCAUUUAACAAGCGGACCCUAGUUCUGUUUCCAAAUAUUGAUGCAGGGAGCAAAGAGAUGGUACGAGUGAUGCGGAAGAAGGGCAUUGAGCAUCAUCCCAAUUUUCGUGCAGUUAAACACGUCCCAUUUGACCAGUUUAUCCAGUUGGUUGCCCAUGCUGGUUGUAUGAUUGGGAACAGCAGCUGUGGGGUACGAGAGGUGGGAGCUUUUGGGACACCCGUGAUCAACCUAGGAACACGUCAGAUUGGAAGAGAAACAGGGGAAAAUGUCCUUCAUGUCCGGGAUGCUGAUACCCAAGACAAAAUACUGCAAGCGCUGCACCUUCAGUUCGGUAAACAGUACCCUUGUUCAAAGAUAUAUGGGGAUGGAAAUGCUGUUCCAAGGAUUUUGAAGUUUCUCAAAUCUAUUGAUCUUCAAGAGCCACUACAAAAGAAAUUCUGUUUUCCUCCUGUGAAGGAGAAUAUCUCUCAAGAUAUUGACCAUAUUCUUGAAACGCUAAGUGCCUUGGCUGUUGAUCUUGGUGGGACAAACCUCCGAGUUGCAAUAGUCAGCAUGAAGGGUGAAAUAGUUAAGAAGUAUACUCAAUUCAAUCCUAAAACCUAUGAAGAGAGGAUUAAUUUAAUCCUACAGAUGUGUGUAGAAGCUGCAUCAGAAGCUGUAAAACUGAACUGCAGAAUUUUGGGAGUAGGCAUUUCCACUGGUGGCCGUGUAAAUCCUCGGGAAGGAAUUGUGCUCCAUUCAACCAAACUGAUUCAAGAAUGGAACUCUGUGGACCUCAGGACCCCCCUAUCUGACACUUUGCAUCUCCCCGUGUGGGUGGACAACGAUGGCAACUGUGCUGCCCUGGCGGAGAGGAAAUUUGGUCAAGGAAAGGGCCUGGAAAACUUUGUGACACUGAUCACAGGCACAGGAAUUGGCGGGGGGAUCAUCCAUCAGCAUGAACUGAUCCACGGAAGCUCCUUCUGUGCUGCAGAACUCGGCCACCUUGUUGUGUCUCUGGAUGGGCCUGAUUGUUCCUGUGGAAGCCAUGGGUGUAUUGAAGCAUAUGCCUCUGGAAUGGCCUUGCAGAGGGAAGCGAAAAAACUGCAUGAUGAAGACCUGCUGUUGGUGGAAGGGAUGUCAGUGCCAAAAGAUGAAGCCGUUGGUGCCCUCCAUCUCAUCCAAGCUGCGAAACUUGGCAACGUGAAGGCCCAGAGCAUCUUGAGGACAGCUGGAACGGCUUUGGGUCUUGGGGUUGUAAACAUCCUCCACACUAUGAAUCCCUCGCUCGUGAUCCUCUCUGGAGUCCUAGCCAGUCACUAUAUCCACAUCGUCAAAGACGUCAUCCGCCAGCAGGCCUUGUCCUCGGUUCAGGACGUGGACGUGGUGGUUUCAGAUUUGGUGGACCCUGCCCUGCUUGGUGCCGCCAGCAUGGUUCUGGACUACACGACUCGCAGGGUCUACUAG